CAGAGCUUAUUUGGAGGGUCAUGAGAGACCAGGAGAUGCUACGUUGUGUGUGGAGACACCUGGUUGGCGUCUUAAAGGGACAGUCUCAGACACUGUGCUACACUUCCAGCCUCUUACACACUCUGGGAUCUGUCACUGUGCUGUGUUGUGUGGACAAACAGGGUAUCCUGUCGUGGCCUAACCCCAGUCCAGAGACCGUGCUGUUCUUCAGCGGACGGGUCGAACCACCUCACAACAGCCAGGAUGAUCUCAGACUCCUGAGACUCCUCAACUCCUACUGCCGAAUGGAGACGGAUGACGACAGGGAUGAGGCCCAGGAGGGGCAGGCUCUGCUCUGUCUACCGGCAGAGUCCUCCACCCAGCUGGGGGAGGGGCCCGAGCCGAGCGAGACCUCACACGACACCAUUCGCUCAUCUGACACGGUCCGGCUUCGCCGUUCCUGCCAGCCCGCACACAGUCGCACCAAACACCACUCUGGAUCCAACGUGAGCUUCAGCCACGACACUGAGGGAGGCGAGGACGACCAGGCCCAGGACUUUGCAAUGGGCUGCCCAGAGGCGGAGGCAGAGGACUUUGUGUGUGACUACCACCUGGAGAUGCUGAGCCUGUCACAGGACCAGCAGAACCCAACCAGCAUCCAGUUUGAUCAUCUCUCCUGGUGGUUCAUCUCACACCAGUCCACAAAACCAGCCACCGCCCUCUGGUGA